CAGGGAUCUGCUGAAAUGGAGCUGCUGCUGCUGCUGCUCUGCGUCCUGCUCUGUGUUUCUGCUGAAGGUAAAAGUCUCACCUCCUCAUCCAGGCUGGUUACUGACACUCUAAACUCAGUUUCUGCUCUCCUUUCAGUUCAACAUGACAGUUUCCGGGUUCUUGCAUGUUCUGACACGGAUGGAUUGAACAUGAUAAUAACACUGGAUGGGGAAGAGGCUUGGCACUCCGACUUCAUCCAUGAGACAGGAGUUGAUACCCUGCCGGACUUUGUCAGCCAUCCAAGUUUUUCAGGGAUUUAUGAGCAAUCUGUGGGGCAACUACAAGUCUGCAAAAAUAACCUGAAGAUUAUCCGUAUUGGUCUGAAGGACAUCCCAGAUCCACUUGAUCCUCCAACCAGCCUGCUCUACACCACUAACAAAGUGGAGCUGGGAGAGAAGAACAUCCUGGUCUGUCACGUCUCUGGUUUCUAUCCGGCUCCGGUCAACGUCUCCUGGACCAGAAACGGUCAAAAAGUGACUGAAGGAACCAGCAUCAACGUUCCCUUCCCCAACGAAGACUUCACCUUCACCCAGAUCUCCAGGCUGCAGUUCGUCCCUCAGCUAGGAGACAUCUACAGCUGCUCAGUGGAGCAUCCAGCCCUGAAAGAACCACUGACCAGAAUCUGGGAUGUUGACGUGCCUCAGCCCGGCGUUGGACCCGCAGUGUUCUGUGGAGUCGGUCUGAUCGUGGGUCUGCUUGGGGUGGCGGUCGGGACCUUCUUCCUCAUUAGGGGGUCAGAGCUGAUUGGUCGAGGCUGAUGGGUUCAUGGAUCUCUCUCCUGCUGUUCUGGCAUCGAACACUGAACUGUUUCUCAUUGUGGAUUCAUCAGGAACUUUGACAAGUCCAAUC